ACGGAGCUGGGGCAUUCAAAGGGCGUUUCGCUUAGGACUUUGACUUCUUUCUGUUUGUCCCAUCCACCGACCCGUCUGCUUGCCUUCACAUGUAGAACUGUGCAGAGACGCAGCUAGCUAUCUUGCUUGUUUUGAAAUUAGUUGGCGAGGUAAUUUAGCCGGCGUGGUAACUUAGCCAGCUAGCUAAUAAACACGUUUAGCCAGCUAGCUAAUAAACACGUUUAGCCAGCUAGCUAAUAAACACGUUUACCCAGCUAGCUAAUUAAAGCGAUUAUCUAGGAACUUUGAAACUACUUAACAAACCAGGUUGUCCUGAGGUUCGCUACUCUGAAGAAGACUGAUCGAAGCUGAGAUGAACCAAUUUGAACAUCUGAAAGAUGACGACCCAGAGGACCAGGAUGAGACGGUCUGUAAUCGAGAAGACGGCUCCAUCAACAACAACAGACGCAAGACGGUGAGUCCUGCAGCAGGGGAACAUCCUCUCCAGUAUAAUUAUACCUUGUGGUAUUCCCGGAGGACUCCGUCCCGACCCGCCAACACACAGAGUUAUGAACAGAACAUCAGACAGAUCGGCACGGUGGCCUCGGUGGAGCAGUUCUGGAAGUUCUACAGUCACCUGGUUCGACCGGGAGAUCUGACUGGACACUCUGACUUCCACCUGUUUAAAGAGGGAAUCAAGCCCAUGUGGGAGGAUGAAGCUAACAAGAACGGGGAGUGGAUCAUCAGGCUGCGAAAAGGUCUGGCCAGCAGGUUCUGGGAGAACAUUAUUCUGGCCAUGUUGGGAGAACAGUUCAUGGUGGGAGAGGAGAUCUGUGGGGUGGUAGUCUCUAUACGCUUCCAGGAAGACAUCCUGUCUAUAUGGAAUAAGACGGCCAGCGAUCAGGUGACGACAUCUAGAAUCCGAGACACUCUUCGCCGCGUCCUGAACCUUCCUCCCAACACCAUCAUGGAGUACAAGACACACAACGACAGCCUCAAGGAUAAUUCCAGCUUCCGCAACACAAAGAUCACCCUGUGAAGAGAGACGGAAGAGAGGCAAACCACCUGACCGUUUCUCCUGGAGUUAUACUGUUUCCUCAUGGACGAUAACAUGACUCUCUCUGUCACACUCUUUCUGCCUCCUCUCUCUCGGCAUCUCUCUCGGCAUCUCUCUCUCUCUCUCUCUUUCUGUCUCCUCUCUCUCGGC